GUCGCCUGUGGAUCGCCGGCGGUGCGCUUCUGGUGAUGGUGGUCGUGGGGUGUCCGCCGGCCGCCGACACGGCGCCGCGGGUCACAUCAGCCGUCGACACCGACGUGGGAUCGUCGGGAGCGUCGGGCAAUGUCGUUAUCGACGUCAGAGGUUCCAGCAAGGACGAGAGCGUCUGCUGCCGGCGCGAGAGCCACUUUGAGCGCGUUGGGGUCGACAUGUCUGGCGAGUCAUUGAUGGUUGAUGUCGGCAAAUGUCGUCAUCACUGCCAUCAUUCGAGCGGCAUUUCCAAGAAGGAUUUCCUGGAGCUUUUGUCAGACUAUGAGGACAUCGAUCCAGUGGAGGUAUUUCUGCGUCAGAGGGAGCGUCACGCCUCCUGUCGCGCCCCGAGCCGGUGUCGGCCGACUGAGGUCGUCCUGGAGCGUCACUACACACCCGGCGGGCCUGUGACCCGCGAGGUGACCCGACACUGCGGCUGCCGGCGCCCCCCGGCCACCUGCACCCGCCUGCCGCGACACGUCACCUUUCACCCGGGCAGCCCGCACCAGCAGAUACUGGACAUCGGCCGCUGCGCCGGGCCCUGCGCUCAGAAAGAUGACAGCUGCCUUCCGCUGAAAAAUAGGACAGUUUCGAUCGACGGACCCAAUGGAGCUGAGGUCGUUUCCGUCAUCGAGGAGUGCGUGUGCUCCCACGGCUGCUACAGAAUGGUCAUGCUGGAGGAGGUCUACGACUACUCGGAGCUAAACACGCCAAAAAUCAAAACGAUCGACGUCGGCCAAUGCGUGGGAGCGUGCACCAAAGACCAGCACGACCGGGACUGCGUCUACAGUGAUCAGUCAUCUCCCAAGUGCCUGAUGUCGUUGAUGUUUCAAGUCCGCGGCUGCGUCGCCUCUGCAAGUGAGCAGCAUUUCUACCGAUCAGAGGAUGGGACCGCUAAGUCCCUCGCCAGCAUUACCGAAUGUUCCUGUCAUUAAAACUUUUGUCUCAUAUGCGCUUCUCAGCAACGUUUGAUAUCUGCGCCACAUAAUUAAAUGGAGUUUGUAGGAAGACAGGUUUGAUUUUUGAGCAAAUUUUAAGAUGUGCAUAAUGAAGGUAAUGACUUGUAUCGAUUGGUAUAUGCGUAGAUAUGUUGCUAGACCCAAGUUAAUGUACCAUUCUUAUUUUGUGGUGAUGGAGUGAUAAAUGCUUUACGGUGCUUUCCUUGUGUAACAAAGCAAAUAUUUUGUCUCGCCUAUUGUUCGUACCACGCGUACCUUCCGUCCAUAAAGUAAGACAUUGUUCUAUUGGUUUCAGCCCAUUUUGCGUGCUAUAGAUAUGAAUCUGAUAUAAGUAUAUGUACCGUCUGAUCGGUUUUGUGCCAAAUAAAUAUUCACCAAUUUCUU